AUGGCGUCGGCUAUCUUCUUUUUAGAUUUGAAGGGCAAGACCCUUCUAGCCCGAAACUACCGCGGAGACAUUCCCAUGUCCGCGGUCGAGAAAUUUCCUAUCCUCCUCAGUGACGCAGAAGAAGAAAGCUCUGCCGUACCGCCAUGCUUCUCUCAUGAAGGAAUCAAUUAUCUCUACAUCCGUCACAGCAACCUUUAUAUCCUCGCGUUGACAAAGAAGAACACUAAUGCGACCGAAAUCCUCCUCUUCCUCCACAAAAUCGUGGAGGUCUUCACGGAAUACUUCAAAGUCUUGGAGGAAGAGAGUAUUCGCGACAACUUUGUCAUCAUCUACGAAUUGCUUGAUGAGAUGAUGGACUUUGGAUACCCACAAACUACGGAGAGCAAGAUAUUGCAAGAGUACAUCACACAAGAGUCACAUAAGCUCGAAGUUCAAGCGCGUCCCCCUAUUGCCGUUACCAAUGCGGUUUCCUGGCGAAGUGAAGGCAUUCGCUAUCGGAAGAACGAAGUCUUUCUUGAUGUUGUCGAAUCUCUGAAUCUCCUCGUAUCUGCGUCUGGAAACGUCCUGCGAUCUGAGAUUCUCGGUGCUAUCAAGAUGAAGUGUUACUUGAGCGGUAUGCCAGAACUUCGUUUGGGGUUGAAUGACAAGGUCAUGUUCGAGACGACGGGUCGUGCUACAAGAGGCAAAGCUGUCGAGAUGGAGGACGUUAAAUUCCACCAAUGUGUUCGACUCUCGAGAUUCGAGAACGAUCGAACGAUCAGUUUUAUACCCCCAGAUGGAGAAUUCGAGCUCAUGAGCUAUCGCCUAAAUACACAAGUGAAGCCCCUUAUCUGGGUUGAAUGUCUGGUAGAGUCGCACUCAGGCUCUCGGAUGGAGUAUAUGUUGAAGGCCAAAGCACAAUUCAAACGCCGCAGCACAGCUAAUAAUGUGGAGAUCCUUGUGCCCGUGCCGGAAGAUGCAGACUCACCGCGCUUCCGCACGAACAUUGGAACGGUUCACUAUGCGCCAGAGAAGUCCGCUAUUAUCUGGAAAAUCAAGCAGUUCGGUGGUGGAAAGGAGUUCCUGAUGCGUGCCGAGCUUGGUCUCCCAUCCGUCAAGGGAGAUGACGAGCACGGAGGUGGUAUGACCGGAGGUUUCGGAGGCAGCAUGGGCGGCACUGGAGGCGGCAAGGCCAAACGCCCCAUUAACGUCAAAUUCGAAAUUCCUUACUUCACUACAAGUGGUAUUCAAGUACGGUACUUGAAGAUCACUGAACCCAAGCUCCAAUACCCAUCCCUACCCUGGGUCCGUUAUAUCACGCAAUCCGGCGACAUUGCGGUCCGUAUGCCAGAUGUACAAUGA